UUUUUUUUUUCUUAAAUGAAUAAACCUUUUUUAUUUAUAUAUUUGCAUGUCUAGACAAUUUGGGAAUAGGAGCAGUGUAAGGAGUUAUCAAAAUUUGCAUAACAGAUCCGCUUUAUUUGCAGGAGCAGAUGAAAGACGAAGUCCAUCACCAUUGUCUAGAAAUGGAGAACCAAUGGUUAGCAUGAAUAUGAAUGAUAGAGAUUUAGAUUACUUGGAAAGUCAAAAUGAUGAAGAAAUUUCUGGAUUAUCUGCAAAAGUGCAAAUUUUGAAAAAUAUUACUGGAAAAAUAGGAGAAGAAAUACGUUCUGGAAACAGUUUUCUUGAACAAAUGAAUGAUCAAUUUUCAAAUACAGGGUCAAUACUUGGGAAAACAAUGGAUAAUUUCAAAAUAAUGGCAUCAAAGGAAUCUGGGACUAUGUGGUGUCUUUUGACUUUAUUUAUUGUGUUUAUUGUAUUUUUCUUUUAUUAUUGGUUUUUCAAAUAAAGUACAUGUAGAAUAAGAAUGGGACACUUUUAAGACGUUUGUAUUAUUAUAAUAGGGAUUGAUUGACAGACAGACAGACAGUCAUUCGUUAUAUGUAUAUAUACUAUCUACAUAUGAAAUGACUUUAUAAAUGGAUAUAUAGCAUUUAUAGUUCUAUACAUACAGAGAGCAUUUUAUAUAUUUAAUGGUAUAACAAAUCAUUAUAAAGAAGAUAGAUGUACAUAGUAUUAGAUUAAUGAUUAGAUUCACGUUCAUUCAUAGAAGAA